CGCAGAGUGAUCAUCCUGUAAAGUGGCGACGUCUACAGGAGAAUAAUUGGACAAGUUGGCAAUCAUGGCAGAACGUGUGAAGCCGGCCAUGCCGGCCCAUGAGAUGGAUACAAAUGUACUGUUUGAGAAAUUUACAGUGGAUGAGAUUAGACAGAUUGAGAGGAAAAUAAGAUCUGAUAUUGAAAGAAAGAAGGAAGACUUAAGGCAAAUGGUUGGUGAGAGAUACAGAGAUUUGAUAGAAGCAGCUGACACCAUCUCAGAGAUGAAGAAAAGUGCAGAAAAUGUGACUCGUUCCAUAGCCAGUAUGCAGGACUACUGUAAGAACCUGAACCAGACCCACAUGGUGAGGGGGGCCAUACCCCAGCACAGACCCAAGGGUGAUACCCAUAAGAAAAGGGAUAGGCUGUCAUUCUAUGGAGUUUCUUCACAAAUAAAGCUUCUACUGGAUACCCCUGAGAGAAUUUGGAGCUCUGUGGAAGAGGGUCAUUUCCUUCAGGCCACCCAACUGUACUUGCUGGCCAGGCACGUUCACACUAGUCUACAGAUGGACUCACAGAAGACAGGCAAAAUUCUGUCACAUUUUCCCGUACUCGGCAAACAGUGGGCUGCCAUCAGCCAUUUCAGAACAACUGUGCUACAGGGGUGCAGGAACACACUAAAAGAUGCCACAGUAUCGGAACAGACUACAGCGGAGUGUCUGUGUUCUAUCAUGUUACUGGAGGAUAGUACACCAAGACAAGUCUUCAAUGAGUUCCUUCUGGCUAGAACAAGUGCAGUUGAGCAGCUGUUCCACCCCAGUCAGCAGUCUGCCAGUAUCAAACAGCAGGUCUGCAGUGUGGUACAACUCAUUGUCACUACCAUACAACAAAUACAUGCAGUCUUCUACUCUGACAGCACACAGACAGACCAGGAACCAGCUCACAGUAAUCUCCUGCUGAAAAUUGUGGAAGAAGUGACAGAACGAGGAGGAGUCAUACCUGGUCUCCAGUCAUCUAUCUCUACACAGUAUUUGCCUAAAUCAGUGCUAGAUUUCAGACCAUCUUUAAAGAGUCAUGUCAGCCCCAUAGCUGCACAGACACUACAGGAGAACUGUACUCAGUGGGUGGACAGUUGUGUACAAGCCAUCAAUAGUGGUGUGAGUAAACUACUGGGCUAUGUGAAUACAGUGAAAGGAGUGGCUGGGAUCAGAGAUGCUGUGUGGGAACAGUUGGCCAAUGCCACACAGAUCAGUGAGUGGGACAACAUAUGUGGACACAUUCUGAAGAGAAAGGUUCCAGUGUGGGAUGAGUUCAUUAGGCCACUGUUCCUGGCCAGACUCCAGGGUAUACUACAGAGCCAGUUUGACAGCACCCUCAACAUGUGUAAACAACACAUGACCAGGGUGAUGGCAGAUGUGGCUGAUACUGCACAGAGAUCUGCGGCCUAUGAGUGUGCGGUGGGGUCCUACAUCUGGAAUGAGAGUCAAGGAGACAUAGUUAACAACAGUGCCUGGGUGGCAGCCAGCAAUAAGACACUACUAGAGAGUGGAGGGCUACUUAUGAAGGCCAAGGCUUACACUCCAGCUGUACAGAGUUUAUGUGGUACAUUUGACAGUAAGUUAAAAGCCCUCCUUGAAGACUCCAGUUACUACAUCAAGUCCUCAGACACCAAGCAGACGGGACAGCAGCAGCAGGGCAACAUGGAACCGUUUGAUCGCUUUAUAGAUGAAGACAACAUCAGGGAUUUUAUAAGAGAAGGCUGCAAGGACUGUGUGAAGAAGCUGUUGGACCAUAUAAACGAGGAACUAGAAGAAGCAAAGAAUAGUCUCCAAGAGUUAGAUAAUAAAGUGGACCAAAGAACAUUGAUAAACAGGGUGCUGCUGUUGGGCCGUCUGUGUGGUGGUCUGUGUGAACUCAGCACCCACAUGGAGCAGUGUGUUGUUAUGCAGAAACACAAAGAAAAAGAGUCUGUGAUAAGGGUCCCAAAGAGAACAAAGAGCCAGGCAAAGACGGAAGACCCACACUGGUCAACUGUGAAGAACUCCUUGGUGGACACUAGCCAUAAGGCAUACAGUAUAUGGUGUCAGUGGCUCAGCAGUUGUCUAGCACAGGAAUUAAGUUCUACAUUGCAGCAGACGGGCACUUCCAUUUUAGAGAACAGCACUAGCUGGGAUGAGGUUGAGAUUCAAGAAGAGACUGAAGAUGGAGCCACUGUUGCCUCCAAGAUUCGAGUGCCCAUGCUGCCAUCUUGGAGCGUGCAGACGUUGCUGUACAAGCUGUGUGAGGAGAUCAACACAGUGGGAGGCCAUGCAGUCAGGAGAUCCAUCCUGCUGAACCUUGUACAUUCCACAUCCAAGGAAAUUAUAGACAUCUAUAGGAAACUUUUAGAUGGAGGGAAGAAAGGAGAACCCAAUAUAACACAGAACCAGGCCCUGCAACUGUUGUUUGAUGUCAAGUUUCUUGUCCUUGUACUGCCAAAGCAAGAAGGCCCUGAGGAGAAAUCUCUGACAAGUGCAAUAGAGAAUGUGGUAGAUGGGAUUGAGAGCCACAUAGACCCCUUUGAUCUGGAUGUGUUCAACCCGUACCUUAAGAAGCAUGUUGGCAGACAUGCUCAGAGAUGUGCGGUAAUCUACGGUGCCUUGACCAGCCUGGACAAACAUGGCAGUGUCACAAUGAGAGGUGGCGUUGCUGGGCAACAUGAACAACACAAUGUUCUGCCACUGGCCUCUAACCAGAUGAGGUUCCAGCUGUUACCACUCAGUACACAGCCCAGCAGAAUGCCAUCAGACAUUAAACCAGUUAUACCACCUCCUGUGGCAAAGGUGGCAGCUCCAUCAAGAAAAGAGAAAGAGAAUCCUGUUCCACAACCUCAACUGAAGGAGUCUAGUUCUUUCUACAAUAGAAUAGGGUCAAUGGGUACAUUGUGGUUUUCUAACAUAGGAGGCAAAAAUAACUAGAUUUGAGAUCUUGGUGCCAAGCCGAGGAAGGUGUCAGCUGCAACAGAGCCCGUAAAUAUUAAAGAAAACUGGAUUGCCAUAGCAACCAAAAAUGGUGCAGCUGAGGUUCAAGUAAGGCCCAGGGAGCAGGAAAUGUAGCAAAUGGCUGGAGUUAAUCAGACCAAGUAGGACCUGGCCCCCUGAGGACACUGGGAUAUGGGGGGACUGCUGGGACUUCAGGUGAAGAGCAGCUCUGCAGCAGAGGGGCAGGCUUCACCUCAGCGUGGCCAGAGAGUAAUGGGGAGAUGCACUGCUCUGUAUGCUUUCUUUCCCACAAAAUAAACAAAAAUUCUUGAACAGUUUCAGGUUUAUUCAUUUGUUAGUUUUGAACUGUAUUCUUUGAAUCCUUUUUUUUAAGUACAGUUGUUUUAAAACAAUUGUUGCCCAUUUGAAGUACAAAAAGUAAUAUUUUGAAUAUUAUUCAUGCUUUAACAAAUACAGAACAGGAACAGUUGGCAAUGACUUGAUGGGAAAUAUAGGGGUUUUAUAUACAUAAAUUGUUAUGGAAGAAGUUGGUUGUAUUUUUUCAUCCAGGGUAUUUUUUCAAUAAAGUCAUGUGGGGAAAUAUGAAUUUGUUUUGCAAGUGUAUUACAGAUUCUUUUGACUACAUAAAGAAUUGGUCUUAAUCCCCAAAAUACAGAAGUAGUUUCUUUGAAAAACAAAAAAAAGCAUUACAUUUUGGAAAUUGUUUACUGAUGCUUUAUGGUGCAUUACCUUAUCAUUCUCAUACCUAGCAAACUUCUGUCAGAAGAUAAUUUUAUCGUGGUGUGUCGGCCCAGACGUGGAACCUGUUCACCCUGUGGGGAUGCUCCUAAUAACUGCGAGGCAUUCUAAGGAGCAGUCUGUGCCAAUAUUAACUGUUUUUACAAAGAAUUAAUUAUGAGAAAAAUGACUGAUGGUCCAUCAUACCCUGUCAUCAGCUUCCUGUCCUGUCAUACUUCUCUCACGUCGGCUCUAGACACUUUAUAUCUCUGUGGUUUCUUUGUGAGGAAGUUGUUCACUGCCUUAAGUCAGAAAUAAAUUGACAAUCAAGUCAAUUUCUUUCUCAACUCUGUGGCCCUCCAUUUCUUUGUGCCGUUGAUGUAGUUUUUGAUGGUCUCCUGCCCUCACGUGAGAUAAACACAUGCUCACUCAGCAGGAAGGAGGGUAUUUUGAUUCCGAUGAAACUCUCAAAAUAAAUCUACAGGCUAGCACCUUAUUUUCUGACCAAAGAAAUCCUACAGAUAAUAUUUAUUAAUAGGUCCUAUUACCCUGGUACAAAUGAAAUAAAAAUUUUCUGAAAGUGAACUUUUUCCAUCAGAUAGUUGUUUUAUCU